AAUGACAAUAAAUCAUUGUGUUGUCAACAUGAUACAAUUGAGUCCUUUCCUACACAACAAAACAACCUCCCAACUAUUUUUGGUGAAGUCGCCAUUUUGGAUACUUGAGACACCCAGCGAGCACACUGAUUGGUCGAUUACAUGCGGAGUCCUCGUACCUGGAUCACCAUCCCGUGCUAAACGGCAGCAUUUCCACAGCAUUCGCUUGAUUAGGCUACUCAGUGAGAAAGGCCCCCAUCUUAGACCACUCUUCAAGAGCUGCGCUCUGGUAAUGACAGCCCCAGUCAAAACUCGUUGAUUUCUAGCGAGGGCGGUGCUAUUACGCACCAAACGAGUGCCCUAUCCAAUUAUCUGGAAACGCGGCUUGUGUUGUAAUUGAAUCCUUAUUCCCCAACCGGUUGUUAUGGAUGGAGGUCGAGAGAGGGGUUAGUUAGUGCCUGUUGCUCUUUCCUGGUGCAGCAUGUUGCACGGGGGGUCUCUCGCUUCAUCAGUCCUCAGGAUGGGCAGUUGGAGGGAUUGAGGACGCUGCGCCGCCAACAACAAUAAUUCACUCGUUUUUGGAGAGACGAUACGGCUAGCAGAUAUCUUGGCUCCACCAAGCAAUACGUUCGCCUGGGUCGAUAAUUUAGGCUAUUUUUAGGAGGAGUUUGCCUUUAUUACACGUGAAGUUCAAUGCUGGAAUGUAAUUUUUAAUACGGAGUGUUUUCUUGUGUUUGGAGCGUUUUUGUGUGUGAAGAACCUGCAGAGCAACUUUUGGAACAAAUUACGCAUAUGAAGAGGAUGGUGUUUUACAUGUAGAGUGAAAGUUUCGCUCUGCGCUCUGUUGGGUCAUUAUUGUAUUACUUUUUUUCUGCUUUGCUAACCAUAUUCAAGAACGAAACAGGUUUAAAGUCCUGGACUGCAGGAGAAAUGGCCAGCGAACUGAAACCACGGCUUUGUAUCAUGACAAAGAGUGAGAACGGGUAUGGGUUUCACUUGCACGGUGAGAAGGGGAAGAACGGCCAGUACAUUCGCAAAGUUGAGCCCGCGUCGUCAGCCGAAGCUUCGGGUCUGCGCCCGGGGGACCGUGUCAUUGAGGUGAACAGGGGAAAUGUGGAGAAAGAUACGCACCAUCAAGUGGUGCAGAGGAUCAAGGCGGUGGAGCAUGAGACCAGGCUGCUGGUGGUAGACCGGGAGACAGACGAGUACCUCCGCAGCCUGCGCCUCGUCUGCACCGAGGAGAUGGCUGUCCGUCUGGGGGGACCCACCUCUGUGUCCCCUGACUCACCCCCAGCCUCACCGCCCCCCUCCUCGCCCUCGGCCUCCUCACCCGCGGCCAAGAGAGAGAACGGCUCCGUGUCCAAGCUGCCCGCCACCCUGACCAGAGAGGUACCCAAGCCCACGCGAAGGUCUCCGUCGCGGGCCGCCAAGAAGGUGUUAUUGGGUCUUCCUCUCUUGCUUUCACCCUGUGGGUUCCAGGAGGCUCUGGCCCAUGUUAAUGCCCAUGCCGAUGUGGCGCGGCCACCAGUGGACCCAUCGGAGCUGUUUCCCAGGCUGUGCCACCUGGUGCGGGCCGAGACUGGCUACGGCUUCAACCUGCACAGUGAGAAGUCCCGGCCGGGCCAGUACAUCCGCUCCCUGGACCCUGGGUCUCCAGCUGACCACGCCGGGCUCAGACCACAGGACAGACUCAUAGAGGUGAAUGGGGUGAACGUGGAGGGCAUGCGUCAUGCGGAGGUCGUGGCCUUCAUAAAGAGAGGAGGAGAUGAGACCAGGCUGCUGGUGGUGGACCCUGACACAGACCAUCACUUUAAGAAGAUGGGCGUCACCCCGUUGGCCAGCCACGUCAAAGACUAUGACGGUCCGUCCAUAUCCAACGGCUCCCCCAGUCCUCAGAUCAACGGAAGCUUCACCAGCCGCUCCAUCCAGUCACACCACUCUGACCUGAGCAGUCCAGACAACAGCCUGCAGCUGGGAGAGGACGAGGCGAGCCGUCUGAUGGACCCCUUUGCUGAGAUGGGCCUGCUCCUGAGUCCCACAGCGGCUGAGGCCAAAGAGAAGGCCCACGCUAAGAGAGCCAAGAAGAGAGCCCCUCAGAUGGACUGGGACAAAAAACACCAGCUCUUCAGCAACUUCUGAACUUUUCUGCCACCCAAUGAGAGAAGCAGAAAGACUGUCGAAUUUGACAUUUCUGAAACUUACCUUCAACAUCCCUACCCGUUACCCCACCACCACUACCACCCAAUCCAACAGAAGAGAAUACGCAGAUAGAAUGUUGUUCUUUGAACGUUGGCAAUCCAACACCCACUCCCCCCUGCUUCCAAAAUGGACGGGAUGGAAUGAUGGGCAUCUCAUCCUUUACCCCUCCUUCAAUCCUCCCUUCUUCCACCCUUCUCUAUACCCUCAUCCCACCUCAGAGAGAGCUUGUCUGCUGGACUGAACUUGUCUGCUGGACUGGACUGGAAUAAGAGGCUCAAGAUUAGCAGCUUCUUCUGAAUCCUCCCGUCAUCAUCGCUCUUUCCCUAAACCAUCCGAUGUCCCUCCUCUUCUACCACUAACUCCCACUUCCUCUGAGGACUGCUCUGGAGAGAGGAGGCACUUAUUUUUGUAUUUAGAAAGUAGAAAAGCACCAUAAUAGGUGUUAGCCAGCCCAGCUAUAAGGAGUAUGGGGAAUAUGGACUAUGUGAGAUGUUUGUGAACACUGUGACCCGAUCUUAAACAUUGGGGUUUGUUUUGACCCUGUAAGAGAAGGAACGUACGCCCAAAGAUGGAUAAAACUUUUCCUCCCAUGAUCCUCCUGUGAUUUUAUUGUGUGAUCGAUGCGCCUCAGACUUCAAGGAUUCACUCACCAGGAAAAGCACAAACUGGAGGCUAAAUAGCAUUGCUUCUGUAUCAUCUCUGUUUGUAUCAAAACACCUGUUUUCUCAUAAUGUCAUAACAUUUCCACUUUGCUCCCUAUGUUGGAUAUGAACUGGUAUUCAUAGAUGGUGUUAACAAUGCAUAGACAAUCAAAAGCCUUACUCCAUCCAUCCCUCUCAAUAUGAUAGCAUUUAAGCUACAUUGACUAAAUGCAUGCAUACAUGCACACACACAAGCCCCCUAUGAUUCUCUAGCCUAUAGGCCUGCUUCACUCAUUCUAAGGCAGUUUUAGUUCAACAGAGUGAAUAGAGUGAAUAGAGUGAAUAGAUCAAGCAUUGAGUUUUUUACACUGCCUGUCUAGUACACCAGGGGGUGCUAAUAAGACACACAGCAACAUGAAGCCACUACAGUGCACUGCUCCGAGAUGUAUGAGGAUCGGGACAUGAAAGUACCAUAGAAGGAGAAGAUAGUCUGGGGAUGAUAUGACCACUUUAAAGAUGUAUGAGAUCUAUGUAACACCUUGUAACAUUUACGUAAAGCCUGCAGGUAUCAUGUGUUAUUACUAGUUAUGAGUAUCUAUCAUGCUUUAUUACCUGUUAUGAGCAAACAUAAUGCUUUAUUACUUGCUAUGAGCAUGUAUAAUGCUUUAUUACUUGUUAUGAGCAAAUAUAAUGCUAUAUUACUUGCUAAGAGCAUCUAUAAUGUUUUAUUACUUGCUACAGUAUGAGCAUCCAUAAUGCUUUAUUACUUGCUAUGAGCGUGUAUAAUGCUUUAUUACUUGUUAUGAGCAAAUAUAAUGCUAUAUUACUUGCUAAGAGCAUGUAUAAUGUUUUAUUACUUGCUACAGUAUGAGCAUCCAUAAUGCUGUAUUACUUGUUAUGAGCAUCUCCAUCACUGAGCCGAACACCUUUAUAUGUAAAAGUAUAGAUACAAAUAAUGUAUGAAAUACCAAGAUGGAUAUUGUACGGGAUUGAAAGUGAGCCCAGAGUAUCAAAGAAAGCUUACAUCAUUCAGUGUUGAUGUGAUGUUGUGGUAAUGUUAUGCUCAUGUUGUGGUACAGUGAUGACAGACUGACAUAGUAUCAGCUACUCCAGACUGGGCUGUCUUUCUGUUGCACUUCAGAAGGGAAGGACACAGUUAUUUUUGUACAACAUGCCUGAAUGCUGUGGAUGGUGGACCGGCUGUGGUAUCAGGGGCUUUGGUAUGUGAGUAUAGCCUGGUCGCAAAUCUGUUUGUGCAGUAUUGCCAACUCCUAUGGUCAUUAUCAAGAGGCGUCACACAACAAUAGCCAUAGGAGUUGGUAAGACAGCACAAACCGAUCUCGGACCAGGCUACUCUGAGUUAUGGGGCUAGGGGCUCUGAUCAGUGGGCCUGCCCAGUGGGUGUGUGGGAGAGGCCUAUCCUGGAGGUCAGACUGAGAGAUGCUCUAAUGAAUGAGACCAGGGGAGCCACAGGACUUACAGGAGAUUAGUCCUAGCAUAGGAUAGCAUGGGGACAGCUGUCCUGCGCACAGACACAGACGGACCCCAGACCAAACCACUGUCACGCCUCAUAAGGGGGUGAAGGUCAAGUUUAUCUUACUGUGUGUGUGUCAUCCACUGUUACGGAUAGUAAUCUCAGGUCCCCCCGGGUCGUUCAUAUUGUGGUAGGAUCUACACAAAGAGAACACUCCCCAGACCAAACCACUGCUACAUCUCAUACGGGGGUGAAGGGAGAUAGAAGGGAAAGUUUGUCUCUGUGUCAUCCAUUGUUACUAUUCACCCAGGGUCCGUAUAGUGCCGAUCUAGGAUCAGUUUUGUCUUUUAGAUCAUAAUUAAUAAGAUUAUAUGGACAGGAGGGACCUGAUACUAGUUCAGCACUCCUACUCUGAGAUGCUUUCUGAAUACGGGCCCAGGUCCCCCCUGGAGGUUCAUAUUGUGGUAGGAUCUGAAAUGCGGGUCCCUGGUUGGGCUAGGUCUGAGGUACAGGCCAGGGUCAGCUGUGCUAUGCUGCGCCCACACCACACUUAGGACGGAGAGAAAUGUCUGAUCUGUUUUCAUAUAUUGCACAAUUAAUUUUUGGUUAAUAAGCAUAUUGUCAUUACUAUUACACAUAAUAGUACAGAAAACAGUUUUUAUUUCUCUGGUUUCCAUUUGUGAUCUAGCACCAAUGUGUUUGCAUAAGGGUUUUGACUAUUGGUCCAUAUGAUGAGCUGACCGUUAAACCCUGAGCAGAAUGGUGUAUGACCCAUGUAGAUUCACAUUUUAGUCAUUUGGCAGACGCUCUUAUCCAAAGCGACUUAAAGGAGCAAUUUGGGGUUAAGUGCCUUGCUCAAAAGUUUGUUGACAGAUUUUUCACCUAGUCGGUUUGGAGAUUCAAACCAGCGACCUAUCGGUUACUGGCCCAAUGCUCUUAACCACUAGGCUACCUGCCUCCCUACGGUAUAUAUAUGGCAGGUUGUAUUUUUUCAAUAAAGUGUGACAAUCUCCUUCUGGACUAUA